UGUUUUAUUUCGGCAGGGAGUCAACAUAUACGGAAGUCCCCGCAUAAGUAUACGUUGUAAUUUGAUCGUGCUACCAUUCACGACAAUUUGUAUUGCGCAAAAAGAAUGGCUCCGCUGUGGCGAGAGAGAUCGGCGGCGAGAUUAAUUUCGGCGGCGAUUUGGUGCUUGAUUGCCGGCGGGAUCGUCGCGCAACACCCGCCAAGUCUCAACCCACCUGACCAUAUAGUACGAACUGUAGGCAAUGUUAGAGCACCUUAUGGCCGCUCAAAGUUCAUCAGCCCCGAUACAGACCUUAACAUACACGUUGAGGAAGGCGACCACUGUUACAUAUCGGUUCUUCCCGAAGCCUCAAGUCAACGACCCGGUUUCAUUUCACCCGAGAGGUUUCCAUGCAACUUCGGUCCCGAAGACGUCAAGUAUUCUCAUCUUGGAUCACGGAGUCCAAGUGAAGACCACAUUCGCCUCCAAAUCCGCUACGACACCGUGUCUGAUACGUAUGUGAUUCCCAUCAAGCUGAAGGUGGAGGUUCUCUUCAUUCAAAGGGUCGUCAUCACCAACUUAUAUUUCCUCACCGUCCCUGAGCUCCUGGGGACAUCGGAAGAAAUUGAUGGGGACGUCGUCGGUUUUACUUAUGAUGAAGCAACCGAGCGAUGCCAGGUCGCCACUCUACCCGGCACCACCGGCCUCCCGCGGUAUGGACGCUUGCUUAACGAUCCUUCCAACGGCCGAAUGAUACCUUGUGAUGAGUUCCUAACAUCAGGGGUGCGAUACCAACAUACAGCGACGACAAACUCACCAAAUAAAGACCACAUACCUAUGGUAGUAGAACUUCUAGACGAGGAGGGCAAUCUUCUCAGUCAAGAAUAUUUUCAGAUGGCCGUGAAAAUUGUUCCUGGGUUGGAGAACACCCCACCAAAAUUAGACUUCGCAUCUUCUAUUAUGAUGGAAGUAAACCAGUUCGUGAUGACGGCGUUCACCAACGAGAUGUUGAGAGCCACAGAUGUUGAAUCGAACCCCAAAGAUCUGAUCUUCAACAUCACUUCUCCUCUCCGCUUCCAGCAGGGGGAGAUAGUGAGCACGGAGGAUCGGAACCAACCAAUCACAUCUUUCUUCCAACGUGACGUAGACGAAUAUCUCAUCGCAUACAAACCUCCCAACGUCGAUUCCGACGUCCAACGAAUGUUUGAGAUCGAGAUGCAAGUCGUGGAUCCGGAUGGUGCCGUCUCUGAUCCUUUUAGUUUCAUCAUCAUGGUCAACCCAAUGAACACAUUAGCCCCAGUAGUGACUCGGAACACGGGACAACUGCUUUAUCAGGGUCAAUCGAGAGCUUUAUCAAGUUCGCAAAAUCUAGAAAUAUCGGACGAGGAUAAUUUACAAGAUGUACGAGUAUCUGUGCUACGUGGGACUCGCCAUGGUACCUUGUCCAUCGGUAAUCGUCCUUAUUUCACGCCCGCAGAUCUCAACGCUGGUAUUGUGUCGUACCAACACGAUGGAACAAAUACAUACAGCGAUAACAUAAUCUUCCGAAUGACGGACGGAUCGAACGAAGUUGAGUUUCUGUUCCCGAUCACCAUAGCUACACUGGACAACACACCGCCGACGCUAGACACCAACACUGGGCUCACAGUUAACAAAGGGGAGACGGUGAUGGUUACGAGUUGGGUUAUUAACGCUGCAGAUGUCGACUCCGAUUCAUCGAAAACCAAAUAUAUUUUGGAACGACCAUUUUCCAGGGAAGGAGAGUUUUUAUUGGUUGUCGACCAACCGCCUGCAGAACUUGAAGCUUGGUCGCUUAGAUCGGAUGCGAGGUGGGAGAAACCGGUGACGCAAUGGUUCCAGAGCAAUAUCACGAACAUGGAGUUAUACUACCGACACAUCGGCCCGCAUUCGACCACCGUCGUCAUGGAUACGCAUCACUUCCGCAUCCAAGAUUCAAACGAACCCCCCAACCAAUCACAACUCUUACAAUUCAUCGUGAAGAUUCUUCCAGUUGACGACAUUCCCCCCAACUUAUAUGCAGGAACCCCAUUACAGAUGAGCGUCCUUGAAUUCGAACUUACCCCUUUCAAUCGUAAACUGCUCCGCUACACCGACCAAGACACUGACGAUAAAGAUCUUGUGUACAGAAUAACCCAAGAACCGAUCGAACUAAGCCCGAUCACCCCGCUUGAAGAUACCGGUAAGAUCGUGCUGACGGAACACCCGGACACGGCAGUUACAACUUUCACACAAGCACAAGUAAACCAUCACAAAGUCGCGUACAAACCACCCAACACCGAGUUGGGAAUAAUCGCACGAGCGAUGCAGUUUCGAUUCGAUGUAUCUGAUGAUGCUGGCAACGUCUUACCUGACCAGAUGUUCACCAUAUUUCUGCGGCCAGUUGAUAACAAACCACCCCGCAUUGUAAACACUGGCUUUUCUGUGAAAGAGAGAGGAACCACAGUCGUUACCCCUGAAAUAUUGGACGCAACCGAUGAAGACACAGAUGAAUCCGUCAUCUCAUUCGUGAUGACGUCUCUCCCUCAACACGGAGCUUUGCAAUACGAAUCUACAGCUAUGAAUCUGGGUGGGGCAUUCACGAAAUCUGACAUCACGAAUUUUCACAUAAUCUUCCAACACGACGGUAGUGAAUCACGACAUGAUCAAUUUUCCCUGGAAGUAUCGGAUGGAAUGCACACGAUACCGAUAGUUGUGCGGGUUGAAGUUGAACCGGUGGAUGACGAACAACCACUGCUCGCCAAACGACCCGGGACUGUCGGGUUCGCCAUUGAAGUUCAAGAACGUGGUUUCGUCACAAUCACCAGCGAUGUUUUGUCCGCUACCGAUUCCGACACCAACGACCUGAUGUUGACGUACCUCGUCACUGCAGCCGCCGCUAAGGGGGCCAUACUUGUUAGUGGGGAGCCGGCCACGAGUUUCACACAAGAGAAUAUAAGGAAUGGGGAAGUCUCGUUCGAACAUGCGGGGGGAGAGAUUGGGAUUGAGGCGGAUAACGAUUCGUUUCAGCUCACGUUGUCUGAUAUGUCGGAUGAAUGGAAUGUUGGGGGGAAUAGAGUGGAUAACGUUGAAGUUGCGGUCACUAUACUACCUGUAGAUAGUGAAGCUCCAGUUGUUCAUGUGGGGGAAGAUUUUGUUGUUGAGGAAGGUGGGAAGGGGAUGAUAGAACCGAUCCAUCUGGAUGCGAGUGACGUUGAUACCAUUAAUGAUGAAAUUUUAUGCGUCAUCACCACACAAGCGAGUGAAGGGUUUGUUGAGAAUAUAAGUCCAGCUCCUGGUUCGGAGAAAUCAAGAGCAGGAACUCCCAUUAGCUCGUUCACCAUCGGGGAUAUAAAGGCAGGGAAUAUUUACUUCGUACAAAGUGUUCAUGACGGAACCGAACCGCUGGAGGAUCGGUUUUCCUUCAUGUGCCAAGAUGGAGCGCCGAAUCUAUCUGGAUCCACCUUCUUCAAUAUCGCGAUUAAUCCAGUGAACGACGAGACACCUCGUCUCCACCAUACCGAGUUCGUUGUUGAGGAAGGAGGAGAUCUUGUUGUUGAUCUUCCCCGGCUUAAUGCUGAGGAUGAUGACGUACCUGAGAACCAACUGGUCUUCACGAUCACUCAACCUCCCCAGAACGGGAAGUUUAUGAGGACGAAUGUCGGUGAUGAACCGGUUGAAAUUAGCAGUUUUAGUCUCGCGGAUGUUGCAACUGGCACGGACAUAAUAUACCAGCAUGACGACACGGAAACCACGGACGACAAAUUUGAAAUAUCGGUGUCCGACGGCGAGCAUGAGGUGUCUGAGAUUAUUUCAAUCUUGAUUAUUCCCGUUGACGAUGAAACGCCAAGAAUGACAAUAAAUAACGGAGUAGACGUUGAGCUAGAUUCCACCGUCAUUGUAACAAACAAUGUCCUGAUGGCAACUGACUUGGACUCUGAUGACGCAUCACUUACCUACGUCAUCACGUUCCCCCCACAACACGGGGCGCUUAACUUAACGUUGGAUGGUGACGUCACACCGCUAAUAAUGGGCAGCAACUUUACGCAAGAUGACAUCGACAACGACCGGAUAUCAUAUACACACACAGGUGAGAGACAUUCAAUGUAUUUUACUCCCACAUACAACGUAAGAAUUCCUAUUCUAUAUGGGUGAGGUGAGACACCCCAUGGAACCUGGGAUUUAGACCAGAGUUUGGUAUUGCUAAUAUUUAGCAUACAAGAAGUAAAGAUAAUUUCCAAUCGCAAUAUUUAGUGAAUAAACCUUAAGUAUUCAGGUUCCCCAUCGUAUCCCAUAAUUAUACGCAAUGCUAUAAGUCCAUGAAGUAUCUAGUUCUUGCGUGUCACUGAUUAUUCAGCUUUAUCAUUUGAUCGCCCGUUUUAGCACAAAGUAAAACUAAUAUUUGUUUUCUGCGUGACACCGACGUCGCGCGCCAUCAAAUACAUUAAGUUCAAAUAGGGACGAAUGUUAUGAUAGAUAUUUGGGUGGUGAGCCUCGUUCAUGGAUUGUGAUCAUUACGUAACAUAGUAACGAAGAUCUGGAUAUCGUUGUAUUGUAGCAACGAUGGGAAACCCCUUCGUAUUUAUAAGAUACCAAAUCCUGCGUUGUAACAUACGGUUAUGGGUCCCAAGCUAAAUUGCCAACCAUACAAAAUACACCCAGUGCACAAAGUUACAUACGUGGCAACUUGUAAGCGAGCACGAGGUGUAUGCAACAGAACA